CGACAGCCUACAUUCGCUUAGGAUGUUGGGGAGGGCCUACUGCCUACUCCUACUCCUUCCCCUUACGGGCCACUCUGGAUGCCAUUUUCUUUUAGCUUCGUGCUUUAUCUUGCUCCCUCUAUCGUCAUCACGGCAAAGCCCUGACCUCGACUAGAUCGCCCUCUCUCUCGUCUCUACGGCUCUGCCUCUCUCUCUCUCUCUCUCUCUUUUUUUUUACGCCUUAAGCCCGAUCUCUACCACACCGGGGUCCGUUGGUUGAGGUUUUUACACUCUUUGACUACCCUAACGGUCUCGACUGUCUUUUCCGCUCGACAGAAUCACCCUAGUCUCGCCCCUCUUCGGGCCUCUCCCAGCGACCAAUGGACACAGAAUACGAACCCCCGAGCUACAGCACCUGCGAUGGCGUAUCGCCGCGUUGCCCCGUCGAGUUCACCGUCUACGGCGACUACUUCACCACAGGCGCCUGCGCCUUCUUCGUAGCCAUAUACGCCGUCCUGCUCAUCGCCCAGUCCUACCUCGGCUACCGCUCCAAAGCAUGGUCCUACAUCUCCUACCUGGCCAUCGGCACCGCCUUCGAGCUGAUGGGCUACGCCGCGCGCAUCGCCCUCUCCUACAACCCCUGGAACUACCCGGGCUUCGUCGUCCAGCUGCUGAUGCUCAUCCUGGCGCCGACCCUCGUCGCCGCCGCCAUCUCCAUCACCUGCAAGCACCUCGUCGUGUGGUACGGCCCGCGGUGGUCCUUCCUCCGCCCCAGCCUCUACCCCUGGGUCUUUGUCGGGACCGAUUUCAUGUCGAUUCUCAUCCAGGCCGUGGGCGGCGCCGUCUCGGCCGUCGCGUCGGAUAGCGAGGAUAUGGCGAUCCUGGACGUCGGUUCGGGCCUUCUGGUCGCCGGCGUGGCUUUCCAGCUCGCCAACAUGGUGUUUUGCGGCGGGUUGAUGGUGUUGUAUCUUCUGCGCCGCCGGCGUGGCUUGAAGAAUGGCAACGGCGCGGAGCGGCUUGGUUCCUCGGCGGCGGAUGACAGUGAGGGCUCCGGUGCCGAGUCUUGGGCCCCGUAUCGCAAGGCGAGUCCUGAGAUGAACAGGAAGGUUGAGAUGUUUAUUUAUGCCGUUUCCGUCGCUUAUUUGGCCAUCAUUGUUCGCUGCAUUUACCGUAUCCCUGAAAUGUCCAACGGCUGGGGUAGCGAACUGAUGCAGAACGAGACGACCUUCCUCGUCCUCGACGGUGCCAUGGUCCUGGUUGCCGCCCUCGUUCUGACUGUUGUUCAUCCCCUAUUCUUCUUCCCUUAUCUCGGGAACAAGGACAUCGUUGGCAAGCAGGAUACUAUAUCCACCCCUGCAGAGCAGCAUGAGAUGAAUGUUGUUCAACAAAGUUAGGGGCUGAGGUGUCUCUAGUCAAGUGGCCAUGGCAAUGUGCAUUCACUUCAACUCUGUGCGUACAAAGUGUAUGGUCGUUGGCCUUUUUUUAUAGUUUUUUUUUUAUCUUUUGUGUAUAUCCCUUCGGCAUCUGGCGCCAUUUGGUUAGUAGAGAUCCUUUCUCUGCAAGUUAGUCGGACGAACAGAGGUCCUGUUUUGACAAUGUCCUCCUGGAGGCGUAUUUUUUCGAGUUCAACGGCAGCGUGCAAUUUCAAAGAUCGUUACCUACCUACAUAGAGGCAAGAUAUCUUGUCAUCAUCCUGCGUCCUGUACAAGGUUUCAUAGACCAUGCCCCUUUCCAUUGCUUGGUUACGAAAUCUCGGCAACAGCAAUCAAUGCC